AUGGAGACCAAUAUUCAUAGAACCCGGAACGAUGAUUUCACCUGCGGACAAUGUGGUGAACCUGGCCAUAUGACUCGCCAGUGCCCGAAUGACUCGGUUCCUCUGAGAGCUAGAAAUAGCAAUGCAGGCAAUGCCUAUGGCAACUACAACGACCGUGGCAAUGGCGGAGGCAAUGGUGAACAUGCUGGUGGUGGUGACCACGCUUGCUUCAACUGUGGCCAGGAAGGCCAUUCUAAGGCCGAAUGCACCGAGCCUCGCAAGAUGGGCCCAUGCUUCAACUGUGGCGAAGAAGGUCAUUCCAAGGCUGAAUGCUCUAAGCCCCGCGUGUUCAAGGGUACCUGCCGUAUCUGCGAAAAGGAAGGCCACCCAGCUGUUGACUGUCCCGAGAGACCCCCUGAUGUUUGCAAGAACUGCCAGAUCCAAGGCCACAAGACGAUGGAAUGUAAGGAGAAUCGCAAGUUCGACCUCAACCUUGUUGCCGACAUGCUUCCCCACGAAGGUUGGGCUGCAAUGAAGAAAGCCAGUGACGAAAGGGAUCUUGAUGAUUUUCGCGAGGCACUCAAAAUUUACUCCAAGGCAGUUCCCCACGCCACCUGGGCUGAUAUCGAGGAGAAGAUGCGGGAGGAUGAGUUCAACGUCUACAUUAUUGCUAUGGACGCUGAGGUCGACGAUGUCGUGAGCCUUAUCGAUCUUCAGGGAGUGCUUGAUCGUGAUUUCGUGAUUGGAUUCUUUUUUAGCCCCAAGCCGGCGCGUGGCAACCUCCGAGACCGUUGGCCUGCGAAUGCCGAGGAGAAUCUCGAACGCAUGAACAACGCUGGUGUUCCUUAUGAGCGCAAGGUGCCUAAGUGUCUGAACUGUGGGGAGUUGGGACAUAUCUCGCGUAGUUGCAAGCAGGAGCGCUCCGAGAGCAACGAGCGUGUGGGAAUCAGGUGCUCAAACUGUGAUGGGGUUGGACACCGCGUGCGCGAUUGCAGACGCCAGCGCAGGAACAAGCAUACUUGCCGUAACUGCGGAUCUUUCGAGCACAUUGCUAAUGAUUGCCCCGAGCCCCGAUCUGCCGCUGAUGUUGAAUGCCGGAAGUGCAACGAAACUGGCCACUUUGCCAAGGAUUGCCCCAAUGUUGCUGAUCGCGGCCCUCGCACUUGCCGCAAUUGUGGAUCCGAAGACCACAUCGCUCGCGACUGUGACCAACCUCGUAAUCUUUCCACCGUCACCUGCCGUAACUGCGAGAAGACCGGACACUACUCUCGUGAUUGUGAUCAGCCGAAAGAUUGGUCUAAGGUUCAGUGCAAGAACUGUGGAGAAAUGGGCCACACCGUGGUCCGUUGCCGUCAGCCCAAGGCAGAGGAGCCUCAGGACGAACCCGAUUUCUACCCCCGCUCUGCUAAGCGCGAGGAACCUGAUCUGCUGGGCCCGGAGACUAGUGAGGAACAGUUCCAGUUCAAGCGCCAUGACGACGAGGAUCAGUGGUAA